AUGUCGUCCGGACCAAGGUACAUGAGGUACCUGCUAUUGGCAGCCGUGGGAGUGGCAUUUUUCUUCUUCAUCUCGAGAAGCGCGAUUCCCAUCCCCGAAAACAUCGGCGCCAAAUUGACACCUCACACCAACAAGGAUGACUCCGUAUCAUCCAAUAUCUCCCCUCCCAGCGAGAACCCCGUCAAGCAACCCUCCGACCAGGCCUCCGGAAGCGCUGGCGCUCCUGCGGCCAACCGCGUGAAUGCGACGUUCGUCACCCUGGCGCGUAACUCCGACGUGUGGGACAUCGCCAAAUCUAUCCGACAAGUCGAGGAUCGGUUCAACCGGAACUACAACUACGACUGGGUGUUCCUGAACGACAAGGAAUUCGACGACAAGUUCAAGAAAAUCACCACGGCGCUGGUGUCCGGCAACACGCAUUACGGCGUCAUCCCGAACGAGCACUGGUCGUACCCCGAAUGGAUCGAUCAGGAGAAGGCAAAGGACGUCCGGAAGCAGAUGGGCGAGAAGAAGAUCAUCUACGGAGACUCGGAGAGUUAUCGCCACAUGUGCCGUUACGAGUCAGGCUUCUUCUUCCGUCAUCCGUUGAUGAUGAACUAUGAGUACUACUGGCGCGUGGAGCCCAGCAUCGAACUCUACUGCGAUAUCGCGUUUGAUCCGUUCCGCUUCAUGAAGGAGAACAACAAGAAGUAUAGCUUCGUGCUCAGUCUUUACGAAUACUACGAUACCAUUCCUACUCUGUGGGACAGCGUUAAGAAGUUCAUGGGUAACCACCCCGAGCACAUCGUUGAUGGAAACUCGAUGGACUUCUUGAGUGACGAUGGUGGAAAGACCUACAACAAGUGCCACUUUUGGUCGAACUUCGAAGUCGGAAGCUUGGAAUGGCUGCGCUCCAAGGAAUACAUCGACUACUUUGAGUCUCUUGACCGGGACGGUGGCUUCUUCUACGAACGAUGGGGUGACGCGCCGGUGCAUUCCAUCGCCGCCGGACUUCUUCUAAAGAAGGAAGAAAUCCACUUCUUCAACGAGAUUGCCUACUACCACAUCCCCUUUACUCACUGCCCAACGGGCGAGCAGCUCCGAAUGGAUCUCAAGUGCCACUGCAACCCCAAGGACAACUUUGAUUGGAAGGGUUACUCCUGCACGUCGCGGUUCUUCCAGGUCAACGACAUGACUAAACCCGCAGGAUACGAAGAUGAGAGUUGA